CAUUCGGCCCGAUCGAUCCCAGCCUAGAUUCCCUAGCCUGGCCGGUGGGGAGCGAAUCCGGCAAAGCGACGGCGAGGGGAACAGGGGUGGGGGGCCAUGAAGCGCUGCUGCCUGCGGCUACAUAAGCCGCGCGCCUCCGUUUCGUUCUGUCGGGGACGAGGAGGAGGUGGAGGAGGAUGGCGCGGCAGCGGGGCCGCGUGGUGCUGCGGCGGAUCGAGGAUCGGAGGCGGCGGGGGAUCUGCUUCAGGAAGCGGCGGGCGGGGCUGGUUAAGAAGGCGGAGGAGCUCGCCGUGCUCUGCGACGCCGACGUCGGCCUCCUCGUCAUCAACCCCUUCGAUGGCACCUUCCAACGCUUCGCCGCACCUGCGACUGUAUGUGUAGCAGCAGCAGAACAGCAGAUGAAAUGAGCAUACCAACCUCGCUCCUGUAUGCUGGAGGGGAGUAUUUAUAGGAGCGGGCAGCAGCGGAGGCGUCUCACGCCCGUGCCCACGUCCUGGGAUCGUGUAUGAGAUCGUGGGACGUGGGGAGCGGCUGGCUCCUUUCCUUAGUAUAAUUUAUUCCUUAAUUGCUAGUUGACCAAUGCUUUGAACCGGCAAGCUUGUAAUUAGCUGAUGGGCUUUGAAUAUUUUAAUGUACGGUGGGCCUUGGUGCUACUAUUUCACAUGUAUGCACUAACAGGCUUGUGAGAACUACAUGCACGUAUAUGCGGCCAUAUUUUUUAAUGGGCUAAACUUGAUUAGCUACUAAUGA